GAAAUGAUUUGAAAUUCUCCGGGCGCGGAGACGCAGUGGCCACUUGCCAACGGCGGGCGCUCGGGAGUGGCCCGUGGCCCCGGCGGGCGGGCGGGCGGGCGGACAGGACCGGGCGGGGCCUGGGGAUGAGCAGCAUCCCCGGACUCCCGUGGGGCGGUCACCCGGCCGGGGCGUGGAGCCCGACGGCCCGGACUCAGCCGCGGGAGAAAUGACCGGCCGCGCCGCGAUGGGUCACUGCGUGCUCCGGGCCUCGCACUGAACAUGGAUCCUUCUGAAACGCCGGCAUCCAUGCCCAGACAGAGCGCGUCCCGGGACUGCUCGCUCUUCCCCACCUACCUGCAGAAACGCCUGGACUCGGUGCGGAAGCGGGCCUCGCUGGCCCCCAGCCCGCCCUGCAGGAGACUCCCCCAGAGCUCGCUGCUGCAGGAAAAUGUUGACCCUCAAAAGGUUGCGUUCCUUCUUCAUAAGCAGUGGACUUUGUACAGUUUGACCCCCUUAUAUAAGUUCUCCUACUCCAGCCUGCAGGACUACUCUAGACUCCUGAGGGCCUUCAUGGCUGCUGAAAAGCAUAAAGGGCUGGCGGUGGCCAUGGGGGAAGACUUGGACUUCAAAGUUCUUUUCUCUGUUCUCCUGGGAAUGAAGGGCACGCCCAGAGACCCGGAAGCACUUCUCAUCCAGGUCCUCUCCAACUCGAAGCCGCCAGCUGAGAGCAAAGAAGACAAAGUGUUGUGGAGCGGUUGGUUCUGCUGCGUGUUCGGGGACAGCCUCCUGGAGACCGUGCCCGGCGACUUCACCUGCCUGCCCCUUUUCCUGGCCAACGGCGCCGCCGCCAACACGGCCCUCGUCACCGCCUGGUUCCAGGAAACGUUCGACUGUCUCUUCCGGCCCUUGGCGAUCAGCGCCUUCAACCUCUCCUGGCUGGCCGCCCUGUGGACCGCGUGCAAGGUGGACCGCUACGUGGCGUCCACGGAGUUUCUCUGGUCGGUGCCCUGCAGCCCGCACAGCCUGGACAUCAGCUAUGCCAUCCACCCCGAGGACGCCAAGGCCCUGUGGGACAGUGUCCACAGGACGCCCGGGGAGGUGACACAGGAGGAAGUGGAUCAGUUCAUGGGCUGCCUGGAGUCCCACUUCCACAGACAUUUCAAAAUUCACUUGUCGGCCACAAGGCUGGUGCGCGUGUCCACCUCGGUAGCUUCUGCCCACACAGAUGGGAAGAUAAAGAUUUUGUGCCAGAAAUACUUCGUGGGGGUGCUGACGUACCUGACGGAACUAGCCAUCUUUCAGAUCGAGUGAGGCCGUGCCCAGAGCAAGCCCAGCUCGCUCUUCCCUCGCCGACGGGGCCUGUGAUGCUCACUGCCCGGCCAGGCCGGCUGCAGGAGAAAUGGGCGUCUGUCCCACCAGAGCCUCUGGACUUGCCCAGAUGGAAGCAGGAUGGCACUGCAGGGUGAUAGAGGCGGCCUUGGGGGACCAUGCACAGGAGACGUCGUGACUGACUUUGCUUAUGAUUCACGAAGAGAAAGAAAAUUAUGUAUAUUGCUCUUAACAUCCUGUGCCCGCCAUGUUUCCGCAGUGGUUCUUUUGUUGUAUUCCUUAGGUUUUUAUUCCGUAGGGGCGCACGCACUUUGGGGUUACGCCGGCGGGGUACUUGGGGACCCCUGCAUACAGUUUGCUCUCAGCACACUGAGCUCUCCAGCCCUGAAUUCCUGAGAUUUCCAUCUGCUCGAUUCAUAUCAGGUGAAUCAAAACUAAAAUUCAAAAUCAAAUCAAUAAAAAGUAAA